AGGAGCCAGUGGUACUGAUGCCAGUGUGUGUGUGUGUGUGUGUGUGUGCGCGCGCGUGUGUGUUUGUGGGUUUCAGGAAGACAGUGAUGACGUAUAUCUGGAGCCCGCAGAGGCAUGCCCCCCCCCUGUUCGAGGUCCCAUGCGAUUCCCCUCCAAGCCACUUUCCGACCCUCCCCCCGUACCCAAGCCUCCCGUCCCCAGAGCCAAGUCUAGUGCCCUCUUGAUGUCUGCAGAAAGACCAGGCCUGGAUGUCAGACGCUCCACAUUCCCAGGCAAACUGCGUCCCCUAAACCUGGGCUCCAAGUCCCCCUUCCUGGCUGGCCUCAAGGAGCCCAAGCCCAGCCCCCCCCCUCCUCCCACCAAGGACACCUUCUCAGCAGGUUCUCCGACGGGUCUGAAGGCCGGCAUGACUACUGGGAGGGAGGACAUGGAUUGGUUUGCUGGGGACUGCGACAGAAAGACCGCUGAAGACCGUUUACUGAGAAUCAACAAGGACGGGGCGUUCCUGGUCCGCCACAGUAAAGCCCAGAGCUCCGGCCAGCCCUACACCCUGGCUGUGCUCUACAAGGGAAAGGUCUACAACAUCCCUGUACGCUACCUGGAGGAGACCCGCGUUUACGCUCUGGGGAAGGAGGGCAAGAAGAACGAAGAGUUCUUCUCUAGCCUCCAGGACAUCAUAUCUUACCAUAAGAAUAACCAGCUGCUCCUGAUAGACAGCAAGAGUCAGGCCAAGCACACCACGUACCUCACCCACUCUGCCCGCCGCUAGAACCGCAGUACCCACAAAACCACUGUGUAGAUUCACACCCCGCUCCACCCCACUUCCUACGUGCGCUAAGAGGAGUUCGCCUCAAGCCACGGGUAAACAGUGUAAAGCCCAAACGACUGUAUGACACACAACGCUCUGCGUUCUGUACGACACAGACGCGCUCCCUUAAUCCACAGUCAACCUGUGUCUCACUUUUGUUGUUUCAGUUCUGUUCAUUUCCGCUUCAUUUUUCAUGAUUAUAAUGAUUUUAUUGUUAUACGAAAAACAUGAGGAGACAUAGUUCUUUGCCGUCGGAGCGGGUUAGUAUGCACGUGUGAACAUGUUUAUGUUUAUCCUUUUUCUUGUCACUAUGCUGUGUUUGUGUUCUGUUACGGUGACGGGGGGUGGUUAACUAGUUCUGGUCGUGUGUUCGUUCUGUGAAUAAGCAUCGUUUUGCUGUUCCAUCUACUAGGCCUUCAAACUAUGAUGUCAGACUUUCCUUCUGAGUGGUUCACCAGUGUGUUCAAGUUUCAUGUUCAUCUUGAAUCGACAGAGUAUCACUCUUCGUGUGAGCUUUCACAAAGGUUAUUUGGUACACACUUUAACACCUGAUAUGAUUCACCCGCCUCGCCCAGUAGCCUACGGUCCCAGAUGUAACUUGCAGACUUGGCGUGAGGCAGGAGAACUUGGCUGAGUCACUGAGGACGUCGCAGAGAGACAGAAUCCAUCAGCUGUCUGAUCAGCACUGUUUUACAGGACGAGGCUGAUACUGUACUAUGGACAAAGUGGUUAUCAUUAAUUUUUCCCCCUCUAAUUCAUUAAACUACAUGAAACACGUUGAUAUCAACUAUGACAUGUGUCAAUAAUUGGUUAUAAUUGUGA